AUGUUCAACGAGAGUCUAUUCUCGAAUUCUACCUCUGAAAUUGAGCCAACUUUAAAUCUGGGCUCUUAUUUAAUUGACCUGAUUUUUCCUUUCAUCAAAACUUUUGUAAAGCAAUUGAUUUUUACCGUUGUAUUCUUUCUUGGGAUGUCCAUAGUUUGGUUCACAACAAUUUCAUCUUUUCUUGUUAUAAACCAGAAUUUGAGAAAGGAAUGGAUGAAGCUCCCCGAGUUCACAAUCAUCAACCAUGCUCACCACGUCAUCACAAAUCAUUUUGUGAAAGUCAUAGCCGGUGCCGUUGCUUGUAUAGUUAUUAUAAUUUUUGUUUAUAUCCGUUACCCUAAUUAUGGAUUAAUUGAUUUCUUUCUACUAUUACCCUGUGGAGUUUUUUGGACAGUCUGGGGAGUUUAUAUUUAUAUUGCCACACUCUUCACUCAAGUUUAUCAGUUUCUUUUGGCGCGUUACAUUUUCGAACAUAGUUCAAAACUGGGAAAAGAUGAGCCACAGCUCACGGAACUUCAAAUUGGCAGAAAACAAUACGCAACAAAAAGCACCAUUAAAACACUCUACAUUUGUUGUAUUAUCAGAGAUUAUGUGUUAAGCCCAGUAGUUGCUUGUGUUUCAGUUAUAUAUUUUAUUGGUUCAAUUUCGAUUGAAACAUUUUCUCUUGAAACACUAUUUUCACUCAAGUCUCAGUUUACUAUUUUUCGAAUUUUCCAGCUGAUUGCGAUGGACUCCACUAUACUUUUUGUACCAGCUGCUGUAUUGUACUAUCUCAGUCAGAGACGGAACCUGAAUAAUAAGGAACAUGUCAAAAAUCCAUUACAAGUUCAUAUAUUCCAUCAGGCAAUGAUUAUGACAGGAAUUAAAGUGAUAUUAAUCGCACUUUGCAUAAUAAUGUCUCUCAUUGACCAGAAUCUUUCUUGGAUAACUACCGCUACACAAUUGGACCCAAUUUUGGUAGUUGUUUCAAUUCAAAUCUCUACGACAAGAUGUUUCAAAAAAAGAUUGAUAGCCUACCGAGAGGGCAGGAACCUGGAAGUUGUGAUACCUACACUGGCUCCAAUCAAUCAUGAUCAACCUCCAAAGUAUUAA